AUGAAGUUUUUCCGUCAAAACUGCACAAUCGAAAUUUUCGCCAAAAUUGCAAAACUCAAUUUUUUCUACAAGAACCAAAAAAGAAGUUUUUCUGUCAAAACUGGUUUAACAUGCUCUGAAUCAGAUGAUGAUGAGUGCAGUUCUAAUGUCUCCUUCUUUGUUCCUGGUAUACGCUCGGGGAGAUAUGCUGAUAUUGGACCCAGGAGAUCCAUGGAAGAUGAACACAUUUGCAUAGAAGAUCUAUCUUCUCGUGUUGGGUCACUUCAUGAGUUGCCAAAGCCCAGUGCUUACUAUGCGGUUUUUUAUGGCCAUGGAGGACCAGAAGCAGCAGCUUAUUUUCCCCAAACAUUUCAAGUGAACAGUGUCUAUGUAGAAGAAGUCAAGAGUUCUUUAAGGAACGUGUUUCUCCAAGCCUAUCUUGCUUUAGCAGAGGACCGUAACAGCAGCUCUUCUUCUGGUAACAUGGCUCUUGCAGGGGAUUGCAGAGCUGUUCUAUGA